AUAGUGUGAACACAAUUAAGAGACAGUCCCUGACAUUGGCAUUGACUGUGAAAUACUAAAUGUUUUGCAUAUGUUUUGUAUAUUUUGCGUCAUUUGAAGACAUUUGAAGACAUCAUCGGUUAUAAUGAAAUUGUUGUCCAAAUACAUGACCAAAGAGUGCAGUGGGAGAGUUGUCCUCAUUCCCGAUGACAACGAAGACAUGUGGCAUAUAUAUAAUCUGAUCCAAGAAGGAGACAAUUUGAAGGCAACUACUUUUAGGAAAGUGACGAUAGAGUCGGCAACCGGAACCACUGGAAGUAAUAGAGUUCGGACAACAUUAACAAUAUGUAUUGAAUCGGUUGAAUACGACACUCAAGGAUCUGUUAUUAGAGUUAAAGGCAAAAAUAUUGUUGAGAAUCAAUACGUAAAGAUGGGUCAAUACCAUACAUUGGACAUUGAAUUGAACCGUAAGUUUACAUUGUCUAAAGCCUAUUGGGAUAGUAUAGCAUUGGACAGACUGGAACUGGCCUGUGAUCCGACACAAAGUGCUGAUUUGGGAGCUGUUAUAAUGCAACCGGGAUUAGCACAUAUCUGUUUAGUGACACCCAGUAUGACAUUAAUCAGGGCUAAGAUUGACGUUAAUAUUCCUCGAAAGCGAAAAUCUUUUUGUGCUCAACACGAAAAAGGUCUUCAGAAGUUCUUUGAGGCCAUCAGUCAAGGAUUGCUAAGACACAUGAAUUUUGAAAUCGUUAAGUGUAUACUUUUGGCGAGUCCUGGCUUUGUUAAGGACCAGUUCUUUGAAUAUAUGUGUCAAAUGGCCGUCAAAAAUGAUAUUAAAGUCUUAUUGGAAAACAAGAAUAAGUUUGUUUUAUGCCACUCUUCAUCUGGUUUUAAGCAUUCUCUUAAAGAAGUACUUUCAGAUCCUCUUCUUCAGUCGCGUUUGGCCGACACUAAGGCUGCUUCUGAGGUGAAGACAUUGCAGACAUUUUACACAACACUUCAAAAUGAACCGUCAAAAGCCUUUUAUGGUAUAAAACAUGUGGAAAAAGCUAACGAAUGUCAGGCAAUUGAAACACUACUUAUUUCAGACAAACUUUUUAGAUGUUCAAAUAUUGCCGAUCGGAAGCGAUUCGUGUUAUUAGUUGAUAGUGUGAAAGAUAAUGGCGGAGAAGUUAGACUUUUCUCAAGUUUGCAUAUAUCUGGUGAACAGUUGGAUCAGUUGACAGGAGUGGCAGCUAUUCUUAGAUUUCCAAUGCAAGAGUUGGACGACGAACCGGAUGAUAGUUCCAGUGAUGAAGACUAACGAUAAUAAAUAAAUAAAUAAAUAAUUAAAAGUUUAUUUAAUUUAUAUAAAACUAUUUAUUUUUUA